CUGGCCUUGGGACAUAUAUUUUUAUUUUACUGUUAUUAAUAACCCUAACUCACUAGCAAGAUGCAGCUUAUCACUUCAGCACAGCAGGUUGGCAAACCCUCAACCUUGCUGACCUCCAACAUGACUGGAUCCACCUACUUCGACGCAAUGUUUUUCGGGGAGGGAUGUGCAUGUGGCAGCGUUACAUUCACUCCUGGUGCUCGAACAUUUUGGCAUACCCAUGAAAAGGGACAGAUUCUGUUUGUUACACAGGGUAGCGGUCUCAUCCAGUCCGAGGGCCAAGAGCCGCGGAAACUAAAGGUUGGAGAUGUGGUAUACAUUCCUGGUGGUGAGAAGCACUGGCACGGUGCAGCACCAGAUACUGUCAUGACACAUAUGGCGGUAGCAUUGGGAGGAUGCGACUGGCAUGAGGAAGUAGACCAGAAUAAAUACGAGAGCGCGCAUAGGAGCAGUGAUUGAUAGAUGCGCCACUGACAUGGUUGCUGCCCAAGAUACGCCUUCCCAUGCGGAGGAGGAAGGUUUUUUCAUAGAGUGAUGCGCGGACUAUGUACCAGUUUUGACAGUGAGGACUGCAUUGGUCGGAAAUUACCUUGGUAGUAAUCAUUUACUUGUAUACAUCGCUAUUAUUAUCUAUUGCUCAGGCG